AUGGGUAAUAGUUCUAUCAACUCAAUUGCAUAUUCCGCAAUUGGCAUAUCUCUGUUAAGCUUUGCAAUUUGCAUAUAUUCACUGCGUGAAUUGGCUUUCAAAAUAAAUACUAUCAAUUAUGAGGUCGAACAAGAGGUCAAUGAUUUUCGCAUGAUGGAAAAACACAUUUGGGGUGAAUAUAGUCAUAAGAUGGGUGCGGUCAGCUUUGCCAAGAUUAGGGUGGCAAGGCAAGCGCAACAGUGCCGUUGUAAUGUAAAUAAUCUUUGUCCACCAGGACCUCCCGGACCACCUGGUGAGCCUGGACAAGAUGGAACUCCUGGCCUCCCUGGGCCUGUUGGAGCACCAGGCCUCCCAGGUAAUAUGCCAUCUAUUAAUUAUCAUUUCGAAGGACGAUGCCGUGUGUGUCCUAAUGGACCACCAGGACCGCCAGGACCUAUGGGACGACAAGGACAACCAGGUAUUGGGGGCCCACCUGGACCACCAGGAAAUCGCGCUCAAAAUGGCAAUCGUGGACCACCAGGUCCUCCAGGUCCACCAGGAGAAGCAGCACAACCUGGUCGACCUGGUGAACCAGGUCCACCUGGGACACCAGGAUCUCAAGGCAGCAAAGGAUCACCUGGACCACGUGGACCACCGGGACCUCCUGGACCACCUGGUCAAUUAGGUCCAUUAGGAUUUCCUGGGAAUGCUGGAAGGCCAGGGUCUCCAGGACCCCAAGGACCAAUGGGAGAACCUGGACCAGAUGGACCAAAUGGACCACCAGGACAAAGUGGUCCUAGUGGUCCACCUGGCCAAGAUGCUACAUACUGUCCAUGUCCUCGUCGUCGUAUGGCAGUUUCAUUACUGGCGACCUAA